AGUGGAUCGAAAGGCGGAUGUUAGCUUGCUGGCUUAAAAACCUGCUGUGUAAUCUUAGAGUUGAGUGCGGCACUGGGAAAUAAAUAUAAAUAAGGAUUCAUCAUGCCAGAUUAUUUAGGAUCAGAACAACGCAAAGUAAAAGAGGAGGAGAAGGACGACGGCCCAAUUAGAGCUCUGGAUGAAGGCGAUAUCGCUCUUCUGAAAACCUACGGCCAGAGCACCUAUUCACGUCAGAUUAAACAGGUGGAAGAUGACAUCCAGCAGCUUCUCAAGAAGAUAAAUGAACUCACAGGUAUUAAAGAGUCUGAUACAGGAUUGGCUCCUCCUGCAUUAUGGGAUUUAGCUGCAGACAAGCAGACGCUGCAGAGCGAGCAGCCUCUACAGGUGGCCAGAUGCACAAAAAUAAUCAAUGCUGACUCUGAGGAUCCAAAGUACAUCAUCAACGUGAAGCAGUUUGCCAAGUUUGUGGUGGACCUGAGUGAUCAGGUCGCCCCCACGGACAUUGAGGAAGGAAUGAGAGUUGGUGUUGACCGAAAUAAGUAUCAGAUCCAUAUUCCACUCCCACCCAAAAUUGAUCCCACCGUAACUAUGAUGCAGGUAGAGGAGAAGCCAGAUGUAACCUACAGUGACGUGGGAGGCUGCAAAGAACAAAUCGAGAAACUGCGAGAAGUGGUGGAGACCCCUCUGCUUCAUCCGGAGCGCUUCGUGAACCUGGGCAUUGAACCUCCUAAAGGAGUGCUGCUCUUCGGCCCGCCAGGCACUGGUAAGACGCUGUGUGCCCGUGCUGUGGCCAACCGCACCGAUGCCUGCUUCAUCAGGGUCAUCGGCUCGGAGCUGGUACAGAAAUACGUGGGAGAGGGCGCCAGGAUGGUGCGAGAACUGUUUGAAAUGGCUAGGACCAAGAAGGCUUGCCUCAUCUUUUUUGAUGAAAUUGAUGCCAUUGGAGGAGCCCGUUUUGAUGACGGUGCUGGAGGAGACAACGAGGUGCAGAGGACCAUGCUGGAACUGAUCAACCAGCUGGAUGGCUUCGACCCCAGAGGGAACAUCAAGGUCCUGAUGGCUACAAACCGACCCGACACCCUGGACCCGGCUCUCAUGAGGCCUGGCCGGCUGGACCGCAAGAUUGAGUUCAGUCUGCCUGACUUAGAAGGCCGUACCCACAUCUUUAAGAUCCACGCCCGUUCCAUGAGUGUGGAGAGAGACAUUCGUUUUGAGCUUCUGGCACGCCUCUGUCCCAACAGCACAGGUGCCGAGAUCCGGAGCGUGUGCACGGAAGCUGGGAUGUUCGCCAUCAGAGCCCGAAGAAAAAUCGCCACGGAGAAAGACUUCCUAGAGGCCGUGAACAAAGUCAUCAAGUCCUACGCCAAGUUCAGCGCUACCCCGCGAUACAUGACCUACAACUAGUCCAAACUUUCACCCCACUACAAAUCUCUCACUUUUUCUUUAGUGUUACCAGUAAUGAAUAAACAUUAAUCUAUCAGCCAUUUUAA